CUACAAUGUGUAAAUGACGCUCCAACAAUAUGUCUGAACAAUGUGCACUGUAUUCAAGCCUUUAUGGAGAGUCCAGGUCUUCAAAAGCACCAGAAAAUCAGAAUGGAAAAAGUGGUGAAGAUUCUUAUUCUCCUUCAGUUCAUUCGCCUAAUUCUAUAAAAGCCGAAAAAGGUGAGGAAAGUGCAGUUCUAGCCCAAAGUCAAUGGCCUCCUGCAUCACUGGAAGAGGCCAGUACAUCACAGCUAAUCCAUAGGCACAGUACUUCUGCUGCCAAUAAAAGUGAAAAAAGGAUGGUUAACAGACCAGAUAGGACUGAAAGUGUUCACACAGAGAAAACAUAUGAAGAGCCUGCACUUUUUUCUCAAAACAAAAACUUGGAAGCCACACUACAGGAAAUGAAGCAGAGCCUCAGAGAAGAAUUUGAUUGUAUCAUUCAAGAAUCCUUACAGGAUUUUAAGGAGGAAAUUAAAGAGAUGCUUAAAAAAGAGAAGAAACUAAUUCGGAAAUCAAUCCAAACUGCUUUACAGGAGGAAAAAAAUCGUAUAAUUGACCUUGUACAGCUUGUACAGGACGCUGUAUCAGAAGAUAGGCAACAAAGUACACAACAGCAGUCGGGACUACAGGUUUUCACGUCUAAUGAAUAA